AUGGAUCAGCACCAGGACUUCAUGAAUUCCGACCAAGACAGCAUCUCGGUCCAAAACAACGCUGGGGAAAACAUUGCCUCAGCAAUGGCUGACAUGACUGUCAGUGACCAGCAAGACAUGAAGAACGGAAUGUCAGCACACGCGGGACCAGGGGACGCCCCUGCUAAAGAGGAGCUCACGGCCGGGGGGCUCAGUCCUCGAGAGAGCGGACGGAGCAGCAGCACCGCCGGCUCUUUGGAGGGAGGGAGCCAGGACGGGGAGAGGGCAGGGUCUGCGAGCCCACGUCCGUCACCCUUAUCCCCGACUACCCCCGACCUGGUUGGGAAGGUCGCGUUAAGCGACUUUGGGACGGAGAGGUACGAGAGCCAAGUAAAGAAAAGCCCGUCGGACAAGAUCUCUGACCGCCACAGUGCCAGUGGCUCUGAGGAGGAGGAGGAGGAAGAGGAAGAGCAAGAUGAAGAGAGACAGGUUCAGGGGGAUAAGCUGGAGACUCUCAGGUCAACCAGUGAGGACGGAUUGCGGUCUGCCUUGAGUGCUGGGCAGCCUCCGCACCUUUUGAAUAUGGAAGACCAGGAGGAGGAGGACGAAGAAGAAGAAGAGGGAACAUUCAGAGCUCCAGUCACUCCAGAUUUGUCAGCUGAGAGAGAAACAAAGGGUUUGAAAGAAAAGGAUGGGGAUGCAGACCUUCAGGUAACGAUGAGCCCAGAAGACGACAAAAAACGAGUCCUGUCUUUUGACUACACAGAGCCCCAAGACCGCCACCCUGCGGGUUGGGAAAAUGGAUCUGACAAGACACCUCCAGAGAGCAAGAGCCCUGAUUCUUGCAGGGCUGAUCCAGGCUCACCUUUCUCCCCCAAGGCAGGAGUUGACCAAACCCAAGAAGAAUCUCCCUUAACCGACCGCCAUCCGCAGGUACAUGAGAAAGAGGAAGUACAGGAGGAGGAAGAGCGGAAAGAAGCGCCCAUUCCCCCUACUUCUCAAGGCACGUUGGUGCCCAAAGUUGAUUUGGAACCUACCAAGGUCGAAAAGCAGGAGGUACAAGAGGAGAAGGUAAAGGAGGAAACUCCAGAGAGGUACCUGGAGACUGCGCAUGAGGCACUUAUUGAUGCGGUGAAGGCAGCACAGGUUCCCCAGGUUCCCAAACCAAAAGCAGAAGCUGCUAAAGACAAAGGUAAAGUCAGUGCUGCAGCACCAGUUAAAGGAGCUCCCGUCAAAAAAGCAAAGAAACCAGCUGCAGUGCCAUCCGCUCCAUCCCCCAAGGUCGUCACACAAAGCCCGAAAACUCCCCAAAAAGAUGCCACCCCAGGCAGAAAACCUGGUACCCAGAUCAAAGCCAAAACAGGAGCGGGACCAGGGAAGGAGGCGGCGGCAGACAAAAAUGCCAAGGCCGGUGACACGAGGACAAAGGCACCAGCUGGCACCAAGGCCCAGGGGGCUGGAAGCAGAAUUCCAGCUGUUUCCAGGACAGAGGAGAGGAAAGCUGGAGCAGUCUACAUUGAAAGAGCUGACUCACCCAAGACCCCAGACCGUAGUGGAUGCAGCAGUCCUGCCACGCCCAAGUCUCCCGGCAGCCGUUCCAGCACCCCAGGGGGUCAAGUGAAGAAAGUGGCAGUGGUUCGUACCCCUCCCAAAUCUCCAGGGUCCAUGAGGGGCCGCACCCCUGCCCCCAUCGUCCCCAUGCCGGAUCUGAAGAACGUUAAGUCGAAGAUCGGCUCCACAGAGAACAUCAAGCACCAGCCAGGAGGCGGCAAGGUUCAGAUCGUACACAAAAAGUUGGAUUUGAGCAAUGUCCAAGCAAAAUGUGGCUCCAAGGACAACAUUCGCCAUAAACCAGGUGGGGGAAAUAUUGAGAUCAAAUCUGAGAAGCUGGAGUUCAAGGCUCAGUCAAAAGUUGGAUCUCUUGGCAACAUCACUCAUGUUCCAGGUGGCGGCCAGAGAAAGAUUGAGAGCCACAAACUGAGUUUCCGUGAGCAGGCGAAAGCACGCACCGACCACGGAGCGGAGAUCGUGUACAAGUCCCCUGUAAUCUCCACGGAUGGCUCGCCGCGUCGCCUCAGUAACGUGUCUUCCUCUGGCAGCAUCAACAUGACGGAAUCGCCGCAGCUCUCUUCGCUAGCUGAUCAGGUGUCUGCGUCUCUCGCUAAACAAGGGCUGUAA